GACAUUCACUAUUCCCUAUCCUUAACCACAACCUCUAUUUUCAUCUCUUUCUACUCACUUAACUUACUCUCCAUCCAUAUUUUUUCCCCCUGCACUUGGCACGUUAAGAACAGGAGGGAAUUUCAAGAAAAACAUAACGGACCUGCCCAGGCUCAAGCCAGUAGACCCAUCCUGAAACAUCUUCAUCAACAAGAAAAACCAGACAACCGAGAACAAAAUUAAGACACAAGGACGAAAAAAAAGGGGGGGAGAAGAAAAGAGAUGGAUCCCACGUAUUGACCAACACAUCUGAUGUACAUCUUCACCGCAAGUGGGGAGAGAACGGGAAACCACAGGACAGGUGUUAGUUUCAGUUGCUGCCUUUCAAGAAAAGUGUGAUCCAUAAGCAAAGUUAUCUCCUGAAAUUUAACGGAACAAGCUUAAGUUGCAGAAUCAGACCUGAUGGAUUGACUGGUAGGUGCAGAGACUUGUGCAUGACUCAUUCUGCAUCCUGCACCCAGAUGUGUUCAUAAAGUGAAUUGGGGUCAAAGUGUGAACGAGCUUCUCUUGACCCUCUUCGCACUGAGAGAAGACACUUCGUUACAGUCGAAGAGAGCGUCAUGAAACGUUUAGAUCUCAGCGGGGGGUUGCUGCUGCUUCUGCUGCUUUGGACCGUAUCGGCCGUCGCUGAUGCAGCCGGUGUUGCAACCCCAGAACGAGGAGGAGCUGGAAGAAGAAGAGGUAGUGGUGGUGGCGGCGGUGGCGGUGGUGGUGGAGGAGGAGGUGCGGAGAGGAGAAGGAAGUUUCACCGCAUCCAACAUGGCCAGUGCAGCUACACCUUCAUCCUGCCAGAGCUGGAAGCAUGCCAGGGCGGAGGAUCGCCGUCACGGGCUGAACAAUAUGGUGUCUCUCGCGGCGGGACGAGCAUCUUGCAGAGAGACUCGCCGCCGAUCGACGGUGAAUGGUCGGCUCAGAAACUGCAGCACCUGGAGAGCACAAUGGAGAACAACACGCAGUGGUUGCAGAAGUUGGAGAACGUCAUUCAGAAGAGCGUGCAGCCGGGCAUCACUAACAUACCGUCACACGUCGUCCACAACCAAACGGCCACCAUGCUGGCGAUCGGAACGAACCUGCUCACUCACACAGCGGAGCAGACUCGCAAACUCAAUGUGGUGGAAGCCAAGGUGCUGAACCACACGUCUCGAAUAGAGAUCCAGCUGCUGGAGAAUUCUCUGUCCACCAACAAGCUGGAGAAGGAGCUGCUGCUGCAGACCUCGGAGAUCAGUCAGCUGCGAGACAAGAACAGUCGUUUGGAGAGUAAAGUUCAGAGGUUGGAGUCUCAGCAAAAAGGAGAGCUGGCGGACAUGAAGGAGGAGAAGAACAGACUGCAGUCUGUCGUCAGGGCGCAGAUGACGGCCAUCGAGUCUUUAGAGAGGCAGCUGAGGGUCGCCAGCAGCAACAACACUGCUCUGCAGAGGCAGCAGGCUCAGCUAAUGGAGUCUGUCCACACACUCAUUAACAUGGUGGCCACUACUACAGGGUCACCUCCCAGGGACCAGAUGUGGAGGGACUGUGCAGAUGCUUACAAGGCGGGCCACUCUGUCAGCGGCCUUUAUAACAUCUACAUCGGUAACAGGACUGAACCCGUGCAGGUGUUCUGCGACAUGGAAACGAGCGGUGGCGGCUGGACGGUGUUCCAGCGGCGAUUUAACGGCAGCGUUGACUUCCAGAGGAGCUGGAGGGAAUACAAAAUGGGUUUCGGGGACGUGUUUGGAGAACACUGGCUGGGUAAUGAAGUGAUGUACCUGCUGACCAGUCAGGGUCAGUACUCUCUGAGAGUGGAGCUGAGGGACUGGGAGGGAAACCCCGCCCACUCCCUGUACGACCGGUUCACACUGACCAGUGAGAGACAGCAGUACAGGUUGUAUCUGAGAGGUUACAGCGGCACAGCUGGGAGGCAGAGCAGCCUGACCACCCACGGGACCGGCUUCAGCACCCGAGACCAGGACAACGACAACUGUGACCACUGCAAGUGUGCCCUGAUGCUCACUGGAGGUUGGUGGUUUGACGCUUGUGGUUUCUCCAACCUGAAUGGUAUUUACUACACCGUCGGCCACAACAUCAGGAAGCUCAACGGCAUCAAGUGGCACCACUUCAGGGGCCCCAGCUACUCCCUGCGCUCCACCUCCAUGAUGGUACGGCCGUAUGACUUCUAACAACAGCCCCAGCGAUGGUACGACCCACAGCCUUAGGACCCUCUAGUAUCAUGAUGGUACGACCCUAUGGCUCCCAACACCGCUUCAGGGCUCCAAUGGCUUCCUGAUGAUGUGGAUAUUUCUAACAACACCCCUCGAUUUAAGCACCAUGAUGGUAUGAUCCUACAGUAUGACUUCCAAACUCACAACCCUCCAAUCCACUGCCAUGAUGGUACAAGGCUACAACUUUGAACAACAACCCUGCCUGUCCUCAGACUGACAGCCAUAAUGUUAAAACCCCUCUGCCCCAGCUUUAUGCUUUUCAAAGUCUUGCUUUAUGUUUCUCCUCUGGGACUUUGUUGUUAUGAUUUACCCUGGAUCCAUAAGGGUAGAAAAGAGCAAGUUCAUACAAAGUGCAGUUUGAAGGCAGAAGUGUUUUUAGUUAAAUGGCUGCCUUGAUAAAGCACUCUGCAACUCACUCUCCCAUUCACACACCGAGCUGCCAUCCAACCAUCUGGAGCCGUUUGGGGUUCAGCGUCUUGCCCAAGGACACAUUGACGUGUGGACAGGAGGAGCUGGGGAUCGAACCAUCCACCCUUUGAUUAGUGGACGACCCGCCUUGCUCUAUCUCCUGAGCCUGGACGGCCAUCAUAGAAAGGUGGGAGACACGUUAACUGUGGGGAUAACGGUGCACAUUUUCAGGCAGUCUCUCCUACACAUUCGUGGUGUUGCACGUGUUUGUAAAUUUAAAAUAAAAACAGACUUGGCUGCGUAAGGAUGACAAAAGAGAGCUUGAGAGAGAAGUCCAAUCCCCGGCUCAUGGCUCACCUCCACACAGCUGGCCAAUUGCUGCGUAAAAUGGGUGUGAAUGUCGGAUUUUCGGAAAGUUAGUCAGGCGCAGACUGUCCCCAAGUGCCGCUGUCGGAAAGUUGUGGAGGCAGGGAGAGGGUUUCCGAAGCUGUUUAACCAUCCGACAAGCACCUCUUAUGGCGAUGGAUCACACCUGCAGCUUCAUGGUCAGCCUUUAGGACUUCAAAACAUCUCUUGGAUGAGAAAUCGGUAUCAUCCACAGACUUCAGAAUACCUCCGCAGGUAUCUCCUAUAACCUGAGAACAUUCCUCUUCAUCAGGGGCUAGUUAUUGUUCUCUGACCAACGUUUUGUGGUGAUAGCUGACCCUCGUCAAAUGAUUAGGCUAUUAACUGUUAACCGACAAGCGAGCAACAGAGUCCCAGUUCACCCGUCCAGGACUCUGGGACACUUUCUGCGUCCAGCUGCAGACUUGUACUGGUCGAUCAGCCACGAUGUUCCGUGCAUUGUCUUGGACACAUGCAGCCACUUUCCUGGAACCGCUUGUGCUACCGGCACAAGUCCACAGCGGUCCGCCGCGGCGUGUCUGAGCCUGUCCCCAGCGCCUCCACCUACAAGGUUGUCAGCUGUGCGUCUACCUGGUAUACUUUGUGUGUAGGACGGACAAUUUAAUCCACCAGUCCUCAUCGAUAUAGUGCCAUGUGGCACGUAGCUCUCCGCUGUGAGCGCCGUCCAGCAGAGAGCCACGAGCAGA